AUGGCGCUCUCGGGGCUCAUCAGACCAAUCCGCAAUCGCACGGUGCACUUGCGACUGUAUCCUCGUGUAGAGACGCUGGCCGAAAGCCGUGAGAUCCUCCGAUUGAUGCAGCAAUACGGACGAGUCGAAAUGUUCCGCAACUUCAAGUACGACGCCAUGCCCCUGGCCAACACGAUGAUUGCCAUCUACGAGACGGACGAGGCGGCGCGGAAGCUCCUCGAGGCAUCGCCGCUGCGCUUUGUCAUGAGCGCCGAAGGCUCGGGAGAAGGACGACAGAGGCAUUACCAACUCCAGGCCAACUACUCGACCAUCCACCACCGCGAUCAGAUCGACCAAACCGUCUACAAUGGCUCCUACAAGGUCUCGGGCAGAAGCCUUGUCCAAGAGGAUCUGGCCAAGAAGGUGCCCAUGACCGGGCUGAGCGAGUUCACUCUGAGGAAGGAGGAAAAGCCGUGGAGAACGCUGCGCCACGAAAAGGAGAGAGACGCGACUGCAAAGACACUAAGGCAGCUCCUGGACGAAGCGCCCGCAAACGGCAAGCCCAUCAGCAAAAACAACGAGCAACAAGGAAUGUCAAUUGACUGA